AUGAGAACAUCGCGCCGACGGAUGCAAGUUAUUCUUGUAAUAGCGUAUUUGCUAAUAUUUGGAACUUUGUACCUGUUAAUGCCUUUAAAGGACGUGUGCGUGGAUAUAAAGUUAGAAUCUGACAUGCGUAGAAUGAAGACUCUGCUCCGCCUGACGGCAAUGUUGAGGAUGAAAGGAGAAAAAGGGUCAGGAUGCACCAUGCCCAAGGUACACACGUUUCUUGAAAAUAUUGUGUUAACGAACGGCAACAUAUCCAGGACAACGAGCGCGGAAAGAGAUUGGGUCACGUGCUCAGCGGACAAGUGCUUCGUUCUGCAAGACAUAUUGAACGAGUUCAAAGCGGUCGAGUGUUACUAUAGCGACGUCAUCUUCAUCAACGAUUAUGAACAUUACACAACGUUUCCCAUUAAACUGGACGGUAGAGAAAGGUAUACCUUAGAAAGGUCGGAUCAUGUUAAAAUAUCUUGCGUCCAAAAGACCUUUCGUCCGUUUCAACUGUUUACACCUCGGUGGAAUGGCUUGAAGGCCGGGUUUCGUAAAGUCUCAGUAGCGGUACCUCGCAGUCGCGAAGAUUCGCCCAAUGUGCUCAUACUUUGCCUACGUUCCUUGUCACACAAGGACGCCUUGCAACGUUUGCCACACACAUAUAAAGUCCUGACGCAGAAGCUCGGCGCAGUUGUGCUUAAAGGGUAUAAUAUUAUAGAUGAAGGCCCGCAGGCGGCGUUGUUCCCUAUUCUAACAGGAAAAACUGAACUCGAAUUGAAUAAUGCGCUGGAAAAAGACGAACUGGAUCCAAAGUAUUUUCUAUUCGGCCAGUUGCAUUCCGACGGCUAUCGCACCGCGUACUUCGAAGAUUUGCCUUUGUUAAGUACUUUACAGUUACAUUUCCGACGCCAGCCGACAGAUCAUUACUUAAGACCUCUUUUCCUGGAACAGCGCGAAAUGUCGGAAAAGUGUCGACAAACCACACACGACUGCGUCGCAGCCGCGCCCAUACACUCUCAAAUGAUAAACUUAACGCAUCAGUUUAGUUAUAUACGAGAUAAACGCUUCAGCUUUACAAUAAUAUCUAAUAUUUUUAGUGAAUAUCAUGAUUUGGUAGCCGUGGACAAUGAAAUAUCAUAUAUGUUGAACUCAUUGCAAGCAGGUGGAUUUUUAGUGAAUACUUUACUUAUUGUCAUGUCUGACCGUGGGUCCAUGUUUCCGGAACUGACAAUGACCCAUCAGGACGCUGUUGGAGAACGACUCCCGUUUAUGUCCAUAGUUUUGCCAGAUACAUUAAAAAAAGCUCGACCUGAUGCUGAGAAGUUUUUGAGAACUAACGCGAACGUCCUCACCACACCGUUUGACAUCCACUCAACGGUGUUAGACGCAGUGGGUCUCAAGCGACUAAUCAAUCAUUACAAAGUGGCUGAGUCCGAGUUACCGAGAGGCAUGAGCUUGGUGCAGCCGAUACCGGCCACUCGUUCUUGCGUCGAAGCAGAUGUGCUUCCUCAUUGGUGUGCGUGCUUUGAGUGGACACAAGUGCCCUGGAGUGAUCCAGCGUUCGCGCAGUCUAUUCGGACGGUCGCGGACUUCGUCCACGAUCGAGUCUCGGAAGAUGUAAAAUGUGCUAAAAGAACUGUCGCAUCCAUUGAGUGGGUGAUGCGCUACAAUUUUCAGAAACAAAUCAUUCAACAGAGUUAUACUGAAAAUGGCUUCGACAACUUUACAAACACUUCUAUUGAAUUCUAUCAGGUUAGGCUGAUAAUGAGACCUGGACGUGCUAUAUUCGAAGGUACAGUUACGCUGUUAAAGAAACUCCGCGCUUACGUAACUACCGAGCGGGAGGUAUCUCGGAUCGAUAGCUACAGCGACGAGGCGAAGUGCGUGUCGGCCACCCGACCGCACUUGACGCGUCCGCCGCCGCUGCUGCCGCCGAUGUCACCGAUGGCGCCGCCAACAUACAUCGAGUCACCAAUAUUCAUCUUGUCACCAGCGGCAGCGUCAAACCACUUUUAUGUGCAGUGUUGA